AUGGACAAUUCCGAGCUAGUUGAGCUUGUAAAGACGAACUUAUCACACCAACAAUUAUGGGACUCAGUAAGAUCUUUUAAGCUGUCAAAUUCGGACACUUGGAUGGUGAACGGCCUUCCUCCGCAUAAAUUGAGUAAUGAUGAUGAGGAGCUUGAGACCGAGUGGAUUCUGCCCGUGGAGUUGCAGCAGUAUAACAGUGGGAACAUGACUCUGGAGAUGGCAGAUCAGUUUUUUGCAGAGCUGAAGUGUCGAAGGAUCAUUUUGGGUAUUGUCAACGAUGACGGAACGGUGGUGUAUUAUUUUAUGUAUAAAGGUCUUCACAAACCUAAGAAGAACUGA